AUGGAUGGUGAGGAUGAGCAAGCCAGAGUUGAAACAAGACAACAAAGUAAAAAGACAACCACAAGAGAUCCUGAGCACACUUUAACAUCAGAUACACCUCAAGAGGAUAUCAUAGAUAAAAAGUGCUUAACAGAAAAAUACACUCAUCUCUCCUGCGAAAAAGUCUUCUGCCAACCAUGGCAGAAAUGCAUCGAUAGGACCUGUACUUGUAAGCUUCCUUAUCAGUGCCCAAAGAAUGGUACAUCGGUAUGUUCAGCUAAUGGGAGAAGCUACCCAACUUACUGCCAGCAAAAGAGUAUCGAGUGUCUUCAAUCACAGGCAAAGUUUUCAAAUAGAGGAAAAUGCACAGCUGGAGAGCAAUUCACUGUUUCCUUGAAGAACGGAGACAAGGAUUCAGAGGGAAUUGUUGAAGUAAAACUUGUGGGCCAAGAAAAGGCCUUUAUCUGUAAUAACAGCUGGGGCAUCACACAAGCCAAUGUGGCUUGCCGUCACCUUGGAUUUCAACAUGGUGCUCUUGAUGCUCAUAGAAAUUUUGGAGAUAUAAACACCCCUGAAUGUCUGCACGUACGUUGUCAAGGACUGGAGACAAGUCUGGCUGAAUGUACUUUUACUGAGAACAGAGCUGUUGAGUCCCAGGGUGUAGCUGGUGUGGUGUGUUACAUUCCAAACACUUCAGAUCCUCCAGCAGAGGAUUCCUUUCACUGUGUGAAUGGGAAAUACAUUUCUCAGAAGAAGGCCUGUGAUGGAGCCAAUGACUGUGGAGACCAAAGUGAUGAGCUGUGCUGUAAAGCAUGUCGAGGUGAAAGUUUCCCCUGUAAAUCUGGAGUUUGUAUUCCAAAGGAGAAUAAAUGCAACGGGGAGUUAGACUGCAUCACAGGAGAAGAUGAAAUUGGCUGUGAAGGCCUUGAACCUGAGGGACAAGAAGCAGUGGGAACUGUACUAGCUGAUAUGAAUGCAGAAAGAAAACGGAUAAAAACACUUUUACCUCAGUUAUCUUGUGGAGUUAGAAACAACACACAUGCUCGGAGGAAACGAGUCGUGGGAGGCAAACCUGCACGAAAGGGGGACUUCCCAUGGCAGGUGGCCAUAAAGGACGGCGAAAAUCUUAACUGUGGAGGAAUUUAUAUUGGUGGCUGUUGGGUUUUGACUGCUGCACACUGUGUCAGAGAGAGUAAAGCUCAUCGGUACAAAAUAUGGACAACCUUACUAAGCUGGUUAAGACCUAAUGAUGACAUAGUAAUCCAGCACGUGAAGAGAGUUAUUAUCCAUGAAAAUUACAACACAGCCACCUAUGAAAAUGAUAUAGCUUUGAUUGAAAUGAAACCAUUCCCAAACAGAAGAGAAUGCGAGCUGGAAGGUUCUGUCCCCGCCUGUGUGCCCUGGUCUCCAUAUCUGUUCCAACCCAAUGAUAAAUGCAUCGUGUCUGGAUGGGGUAGAGAAAAAGGUACCCAUGACGGCUCCAUUGAUGCCUGUAAAGGGGACUCUGGGGGCCCCUUAGUUUGUAUGGCUAACAACGUGGCCUAUGUUUGGGGUGUUGUGAGUUGGGGUGAAAACUGUGGAGAACCCGAGCAUCCAGGCGUUUACACCAAAGUAGCCAAUUAUUUUGACUGGAUCAGCAGUCACGUGGGGCGGUCUCUUAUUUCACAGCACAAUACAUAA